AUGGUGGCUGAGGGCGCUUUGGAUGAGACUCAUGGUACCUCUCCACGUCGCCCUCUCAUUGGCAUGCAUGAUCUUCCCAUGCAUCACGUGGAAGGUGCACGUCCUGGGGAUGCCACUCCCAUGGCCGACGAUGACGCGUUUGAUCACUUGAGCUCUACUGAUCCUGCUGUCUCGGUGACUACGCUGCCCUCCACUUCUUCCUCCUAA